AUGAGGCGCCCCUUCUUCCUCCUCGUCAGCGUAGAUGCGCCCGUCAGUGUGCGAUGGCAACGAUUCAAGGCCCGUUGUGCUGCCACCCAGCACACACCGCCAACCCUCGAGGACUUCGUUCUACGCAACGACCAGCACUUGUUCGCUCCCAAGACUGGUCUCAGCGCGCUGUGCCAGCGAGCACAGUUGAAGCUGCUCAACUCCUCAUCCGACAUGAGCGUCCUACGCAACGCCAUACUGCACCUGGACCUCAUGGACGAAGCACGUGUGCGGCCGAGCUGGGACCAAUACUUCAUGCAGCUAGCCGAUCUGGCAGCACGUAGGAGCAACUGCAUGAAGCGACGGGUAGGCUGUUGCAUAGUCAGGGAAAAACGUGUCAUUAGCACCGGGUACAAUGGUACACCACGCGGCAUGACUAACUGCAACGAGGGCGGAUGUCCCCGCUGCAACAAUGCCGCCCAAGGAGGUGUCGGUCUCUCCACGUGUCUCUGCCUGCACGCCGAAGAAAAUGCUCUGCUCGAAGCUGGCCGUGAUCGCAUCGGCGAGAACGCCAUCUUAUACUGCAACACCUGCCCUUGCCUGACCUGCAGUGUCAAGAUAACACAAGUCGGUAUUAGCGAGGUAGUCUACAACCAAGGCUAUCUUGUAGACGACCAGACAGCUAGGAUAUUUGCUGAAAGUGGUGUCAAGUUGCGUCAGUUCUCCCCGCCUGCGGACGGCCUUGUAGAUCUGAGCAUCCAUAUGGGUGAAGAGAAGCAAAAAGAAGACAACGUCGAGGAUGCCAGAGAGUUGCUCGAUGACAUGAACUUCCUGAGGCCCUUGAGCUAG